AUGGGAGAGAGAGGCAAAAUGAAAGUUUUAGAAACUAGCACUGCUACUGUGAAAAUGACAAGUGGUGUUCCAUUCACCAGUGGUAAAAUGUCUGACUCUUCAGAUGAUGAAGAAAUCGAAAGUAAUUCACUACCGCACUCGUUGUUGACGCAAACACAGCCAGUUGAGUCAGGCAGUACGGACAAUGACAUCAUCGAUAAUCUACGCCGUUUCGACAGUGGUUCUAUUAUUUAUGGCAACGUACAUAAUAACCAAAAUAUAUUAAAUAACAAUAAUGGGGUAAAACCUGUGAAAGAAAAGAUUGCUGUUCUAGAAGAUGAUGAACUGCAUUCUGUAACAAAGCAAAAUGUUUUUCAAACUCCCACUCCCAGCAAAUUUAUUAGUGAUUAUGAUAUUUCUAGUAGUACUACUGGUGUAAGUGCAGAAGGAGGUGUACAAGUAAAUAUAAUAACUAACACAGAAUCAUAUGAAAAUGACAUAAAGAAUAAUAUAUCAAAACCUCAACCUAUACAUUCUCAUCAUUCUGGUAAAACAUUUUCAAGUAGGCCUAAUGAUAAAAAAAGUGAUAAAGAAAAUUCCAAAAGUAGACGUUCCAAUAGCCCAGCAUCUAGCCAUAAUCAUAGUUCAUCAGAAUUCACUGUCAAAGAGCAAAAUGUAUUACCUAGAUUAUCUACGUCGUUGGAAAAUAAAAAGAAAGGGGUCUUAAAUAGAAAUGCAAGCACAGCCUCAUGUAGUGCAUUGUGUGAAUCACAGAGGGAAAAUGUUCGUGAAAACUAUGCACAGAGUCGAUUCAACCCAUUUAACAAACACAAUGACCUUAGCGUGGAAGAGGACCAUUUCUCUGAUGGGAUGGAAAACUACUUCAGGGUGGACAGACAUUCUUCAAACAGUACGAAAUCUUCCUCACAAGGAGGGGACUGGUGGCAAGAAGCUAACAAGUCUGAUGUGACUUUUGCUGAGUUAGGGCUCUCAGAAGAUCAUUUCUCUCACCCUCAGGGCCAUUUUGGACUGAGCAGCACAGAGGAGCUGGAGCUGGCCAUAGAGAACUGUAAGGAGAUGAUCAAAGAGUCUCAGGUUGGCUCAGACAAGCAGAAGAACCUUGUCCUCAAGCUGGUGCAGCUCAGGAUCAAACUUCAUGAAGUCAAGGAAGGUCCAGAACAAGUUCCAGAUGAUGUCAAGGUCAUCAUGUCCCAUAAGAUGAUGUUGAAGACCAGUCGCACCAGUAAAUAUUACUGUGAAAAAUGUAACGGAGCAAUCUGGGGCAUGCUUCAAAGAUGGUACAGGUGCACUGAAUGUGGCUACAGGUGCCAUGAAAAAUGUCUACAACAGAUCCUCAGGACAUGUGCUAAAGCUAAGGUCCUGGAGGAUCCAACUCUUAUCAUGGAACUGUGUCCUACUGACCCGAAUGGCUUGACCAAUCAAAACUUCCGAUGCUGGGAGUGUAGGACGUCAAUUUCAUACAAGCCGGGCGGUCUUGAACCUAGGAUGUGUGACUACACAGGUCGCUACUACUGUGAACUGUGUCACUGGAAUGACACAUUUGUUAUACCUGCCAGGGUCCUCCAUAACUGGGACUUCAAACCACAGAAGGUCUGUCGAGCAUCCAAACAGUUUCUUAGACUGAUGAUGAAAAAAGCUGUCAUUCGUAUCCAAGACAUCAACCCUAUGUUGUUUGUGUAUGUGAACCAGUUGAAUGAAAUUAAGAAACUAAGAGAGGAGAUGAUGAUCAUGAAGAAAUAUAUUGUGUCCUGUAUCAGUGCCAUGGCUGCCAAGUUGCUGCUGUUGUUGGAGUCUAGACAACAUUUUGUUGAGAGCUCUGACAGGUAUUCUAUGCAGGACCUGUUGGAUGCUGAGGAUGUGUUGUUACCUGAGCUGACCAACAUACACAUGAGAUGGGCACAGCACAUCAAGGUUGAUUGUGAGCUGUGUCAGGGGAGAGGAUUCUGUUGUGAACUGUGCCAAGAAAAAGAGGUGUUGUUUCCCUUUGACAACAUAGCAGUUGUCUGUCCCAAGUGCUCAGCAGUUUCACACAGGCAUUGUUUUGCAAAACGGAAUAUGUGCCCCCGCUGUGAGAGGAGAGAGAAAAGACAGGCUGUACAGUAAUGACUCCAUGUAAUGACUCCAUGUAACGACUCCAUGUCUGACUCUGUGCCAUUACAAAUCUGAUCUAGUCUUGUACUGGUGGUGGUGUAGGUAUUUUGUCUGAAACGGCCCUUUUAGAAGACAGUUUUAACAAAAAAUGGACAACAGUUUGUUUUAUAAGCUGCUAUGUUAUUUGACAAAAAUAUUUUAUUAAAACUUAGGGAUGUUGUGAAAUCAUUAACCUCUUAUCCAUUAUUUAAUACAGCUGUUCACAAAAGUAACUUUUCUCACAUAGGCUAGUUAUCUGUCCAAUCAAAUGGCUUUUAACUUCUGGUCACCUGUCCAAUCAAAUUGCUUUUAACUUCUGGUCGCCUGUCCAAUC